AUGGAGAAAAUGUUGGCAGUGUUAUCUUGCACUGAGGCACAAAAGGUUCUCUUCGCUACCUUUAAGCUAAUAGGGGAGGCUGAGCGCUGGUGGAAAAUAGUGGAGGAACGACGAGUAGUACCCAUAGAUAUGACUUGGAGUCGAUUUAAGGAGCUUUUCUACGAUUGGUACUUCCCUGCCACCACUAGGGCUGUAAAGGCAGAGGAAUUCUUCCACCUAACUCAGGGGCAACUUACUGGGCAGCAGUACGCUACGAAGUUCAUGGAGCUCUCCCGUUUGGCUCAUUUUAUGGUACAAAGUUUUUCAGAGUUGGUGGAUAGAGCCACCGUGGUAGAAUUGAGUAUACAAAGGAGUGCAGAGAUGGCAGAGCAGAGAAAGAGGCCUAUGCCUCCCAAUUUUUUCGAUGAUGCCAGACAGGGCUCGUGGAAGAGGGACAAAUAUGUUGGGGGACAGAGAUUUGAUAGAGGUGAUCGAGGACAUCAAAGCGAUUCAUCACCUCCCUAUUGUGCUCAUUGUAAGUUAAGACAUUAG